AGAAACCGUAUUACUGCUGGACCGAAGUCCAUUGUCUGUCAAGAGACGGAACUCAGAGGAGAAAUAUCUAUAGGUAACUUAGAAACUUAUUUUAUAAAAGGCACGGUGCUUCAUCCACAAUGUCGAAUAAUAGCAGAAAAUGGACCUAUUUAUAUUGGAAAGAAUAAUAUAAUUGAAGAGAACGUGGUUAUUUUUAACAAGAACCCUACGCCUCUUGUUAUUGGUGAUAAUAACGAAUUUGAAGUUGGCUGCUACGUCGAAGGAUCACGCAUAGGUAACAACAAUAUCAUUGAAGCCAGAGGUCGAAUUUUGGGAAAUACAGCAAUAGGAAAUCAUUGUGUUAUCGGUGCUGGUUGUUCAACUGAAAGUAAUGAAACUAUUCCAGAUUUAACAGUCAUCUAUGGAGCGGAUUCCAAGAGAAGAAUACAAAGUGAACCACUACCUUCACAGGCAACACUUCAUGCUAGACAUUUGGAUUAUCUUCAAGAAGUCCUGCCCAAAUAUAACCAUUUGAAAAAACUAGAAUCUGUAUAG